UCUUCUUUUAACUUGAUAGUUUAAUUUAUCAAUAAAUCAGAACUUGAAGUCAAAUCACCUUAAUUCGACUAAUCCAAAAGAUAUGAGAGUUGAAAUCUGUUUAGGGUGUGCUUUUGUCUAUUUUUGUCAAGCAAUUACAUUUGCUGCAAUGGUUUACUAUCGUCUCACUGGUAAUGAAGACCCAUUUGCUACAGGCAUUAGUCUUUUUGCUCUUCUUACUUAUCACUGUUAUAUGUUGUUUUCUUUAAUAGAUACCGUUAAGUCUUGGUUAAGAUUUUUCAAAAAUCUCCCAUCAAUAGAUAAAGAUUCAUUAUUUCAAGGCAUCAAAAAUACUAGUUUAUUUCUAUAUGACUCGUUACAUUGUGCAUGCUGCUUAUCCAAUAUUUUUAAGAGAAUAUCGCUUUCAAGAUAGAUAUCAAGCUAAUAAUUUCAUUAGAUAGUUAUAUAAUCCUAAUAUAAAAUAAAUAUAGAACUAAGAAU